AGCCCACAAUUACGGGGCAGAGCAGUUUCUAUUUAGAGGACGCGUGCGCGGCAUGCCUAGCCAAGGGACUCUUUCCCGCUGCUGUUAGCUUUCCGCGACUGGAGGGCGGGAGGGGGUGUGAGCAAACACCUGGGCGUCUCCACUCAGAGAUACACAAAAAUUACUAAACAAAAAACGACUAAAUUUCAAGUGCUGCAAUGUCGGUUGAAAAUAGUUUAGGAAUUAUAGAUUUUAGUUUGGUUUGCGAGCAAGCUGCCGGAGCCAAAGCAGCGGCCGAACGGGAAGCACAGACACAACAGCAGCCCAAAGGCUGCUACACAUUGUCGGACAAGGAGAACUGCGGCGACACAGUCACAGCCACAGCCAGCAUUGUGACCACCGGAGCCACGGCACAGCCAGCCACACCCACAACGAUGGGUGCCAAUGGCGGCAGAUCCCAUGCCACAGCUGCUGCUACUGCUGCUAAAGCUGGCGGCAAAGAUGUGGGCGAUGGAAUGAGCAGCACGGAUCUCAAGUUCCAGUCGUAUGUGAAUGGCAACGGCAACGGCGUCUACAAGAUCGUCAAGACCCUCGGCAAGGGCAACUUUGCCAAGGUGAAGCUGGCCGUGCACAUACCCACCGGCCGGGAGGUGGCCAUCAAGGUGAUCGACAAGACGCAGCUGAACACGAGCGCCCGCCAGAAGCUGUACCGCGAGGUGCGGAUCAUGAAGCUGUUGAACCAUCCGAAUAUCGUGCGACUCUUCCAGGUGAUCGAGUCGGAGCGAUCGCUGUACCUCGUCAUGGAGUACGCCAGUCGGGGCGAGCUCUUCGAUCAUCUGGUGAAGAACGGCCGGAUGCGGGAGCGGGACGCGCGGGUGAUCUUCCGGCAGCUGGUGUCCGCCAUUCAGUACUGCCACAGCAAGUUCGUGGUGCAUCGCGACCUCAAGGCGGAGAACCUGCUGCUCGACCAGCACAUGAACAUAAAGAUCGCCGACUUUGGGUUCGGCAACACCUUCGAUCCCAAUGCGCAGCUGGAGACGUUCUGCGGCAGUCCGCCGUACGCGGCGCCCGAGCUCUUCAUGGGCAGAAAGUACGCGGGGCCCGAGGUGGAUGCCUGGUCGCUGGGCGUGGUGCUCUACACGCUGGUCAGCGGCUCGCUGCCCUUCGACGGGGGCACCCUCAAGGAGCUGCGGGAGCGCGUGCUGCGCGGCAAGUACCGGGUGCCCUACUACAUCUCGAUGGACUGCGAGAAUCUGAUGCGCAAGUUCCUCGUGCUGAAUCCCGCCAAGCGCACCACCCUCAACGCUGUGAUGGGCGACAAGUGGAUCAACCUCGGGUACGAGGAGGCGGACAAGCUGCGCGUCUACCGCGAGAAGCCCAUGGAGCUGCAGGAUCCCGUCCGCGUUGACCUGCUCACCGGCAUGGGCCACAAGAGGAGCGACGUGGAGCACUCCGUGCGGGGCCAGCUCUUCGACGACAUCUACUGCAGCUACAUGCUGCUGAACGUGGCCAAGCCGCGUGCCUCGGCCUCGGCCACGGCCUCCAGGCAGGGCUCUCGGUCCGAGACUUCCAUCGGCACGGAGCCGGCACUGCCCGCCGUCACACCCUCGCCAUCGGUGGCUCCGUCAUCCUCCGCGGGCGCCACCACUCGCCCCAUGGCGCCGCGAAUGGCCAAUAUUCUGAGUUCUCUGACGACUGCGACCAGUCCCAGCGCGGAGUCAGCGACGCGAACGGCCACGGGCGCCGGAGGAUCUGUGGCACCUGCCAAACCCACCCGUCGGACGCCCGCUCGAAAGGGCACCACGGCCGCCGUCCGCUCCGAGAUCAGUGCCCGCACCCGCUCGCCCCACACGACGCAGUCGAGCAAGCGUGGGGCCGCAGCCGUGGACGUGAAGCCAACGCUGCUCAGCGCCCAGCGGCAGAUGGCGCAGGCCCAGAAGAUGUCCGCCGCCACGCCGCCCCGCUUUCAGUAUCUCAGGGAGACGCACAGUCCGGUGCAGACGCCCGGCACCGCACGGCGCCCCACCACGCUCUACGAGAAGGCAGACCAUGCCACGCCCCCGGCCAACACGCCCAUGGUGGUGCCCAAGUCGCCAGCCAUCGGCGGUCGUCUGCUGGAGCGGCUCGAGGCCAGCGAGAAGCCCUUCACGCGCCAGAAUGCGGCCCGUGCCACCUUCCUUGGCCAGGGGCGCAGUGGGAAGAACGGCAGGGGAGUGGCCAGCGGCAACGGUGCGGACGAGGAGCAGCUGCCACCGCUCUCAGCAGACGACACAAAGCCCGCCUCCCGCGUGGGUUUCUUCUCGAAGCUAACGGCCCGCUUUGGCCGGAGGGUGAUCCACCUGAACGAGAAGGAUGUGUCCGAGCAGCGCAAGAACCUCACCAAGUAGAUCCAUGAUCCAUGAUCCAUGAUCCAUCAACAGAUCAUCAGAUCGGAUCGGAUCGGAUCGGAUCAGUUAUCAGAUGUGUGUCGUUUUUUUAUCGCACCAGACUAGAAUCUGUAGCCGAAUUUUGAAAAAAAAAAUAUACUUUAAGUUUAGGAGAAAGUUUCAGACAAUGCACCCAGCCACCAGCCACCCAGCCAGACAGCGAGCCAACCAACCGACAUCAAACUGUAGGUGGGUGGGUGGUGUGUGCACAUCAAACUGUAAACUGCAUCAAAGUGAACACAAAACUGCCAAGAAUGGAAGUGAUAGUAGAGUAGAAGGACCACCGAUUUAUUGUCUCUGUGGGUAGAUCUUUAGGCUAGGAUCUUUUACAUAUUCAAUUUAAAUUUUAAGCAUAACAAAUAAACAAUGACAAAACAAUUCAAAUAUC